GGAGGCUUGGCGGGCUCAACCUAAUGAGCCUCUAUGUAAGUCACAGACACAGAGGGUUGGAGAGCACAGAGUGAUUUUUACCUCCUACAGGAGUAAAAUUACAUCCAUAUUCGACCUUGGAAAAGAUCUCUUCAGUUUUUUCAGUUGCUCAAGAAGGUCAGAGGCCUGCUUCCUUGGGAACACUAAGGGGGACAGUAUUUUUCACUCAGCUGAGUUGCUUGGAUGUUUCCUUGGCCUUUGCAGUCAUGACUGAAAUACUCCUUGUUUCGCAUGGAAGACCUCAUUUGGAAUAGAGGUGACUGAAAGACAAUUGAAUAGCCCUGGAGGAAAAGAAAGGAGGAGAAAUGGCUUAAGUGUGUAAGAUGACAAAGGCUGCUCAGUAUUAAACCGGGACUAAAACAAGAAUAUUAAGAUAAACACCCGGAACCACAAUAUUAAGGAAAUCAAAGUAUUCUGCUGCACUACAGUAGUAAAGUCACCACUUUGCCUUGUUGGAGGAAACUGGGGACAUAGGAUCUUAGCCAAAUAUUCAAAAUGGUAAUGCAAAGGUAUCUCCUAACCUAUAUUGGAGUGGUGCUCACUUUAAACCUUCUUCACUUCAUCAAAGCCAUUGAAGUCCCACGGGAUCCAAGUAUUCAAGAAUCAUUACAUCAGCCCCCCACAAUUACAAAGCAGUCUGUGAAGAAUUAUAUUGUUGACCCAAGAGAUAACAUAUUCAUUGAAUGUGAAGCAAAAGGCAACCCCAUUCCUACAUUUUCAUGGACACGCAAUGGGAAGUUCUUCAAUGUUGCAAAGGACCCAAGAGUAAGCAUGAGACAUUGGUCAGGUACGCUGGCUGUUGACUUCCGCAGUGGUGGUAGGCCAGAGGACUAUGAAGGGGAAUAUCAGUGUUUCGCCCGGAAUGAUUUUGGGACAGCCAUCUCCAAUAAAAUAUUCCUACAGGUUUCGAAGUCUCCUUUGUGGCCAAAGGAAAACUUGGACAUUCAAGAGGUUCAUGAAGGUGCUCAGCUUAUCUUGGCAUGCAAUCCUCCUCCUGGACUGCCACCACCUGCUAUCUUCUGGAUGAGCAGCUCCAUGGAGCCAAUCCACCAAGACAAGCGUGUCUCCCAAGGACAAAAUGGUGACUUGUAUUUCUCCAAUGUGCUGCAAGAGGAUGCCCAGACUGACUACAGCUGCAAUGCUCGUUUUGCCUUCACCCACACUAUCCAGCAGAAAAAUCCUUACACCCUCAAGGUCCUGACCAAGCAUCCCCAUAAUGAAACGUCCUUUCGAAAUCACACUGACAUAUACAGUGCCCGAGGUAUCACAGAAAGGCACCCCAGCUUCAUGUACCCCAUUGGGACCUUAAGCAGUCAGAUGGUGCUGAGAGGGGAGGACCUCUUGCUGGAAUGCAUUGCCUCAGGAGUCCCAACACCAGACAUUGUGUGGCACAAAAAAGGAGGUGAUCUCCCAGCAGGCAGGACCAAACUGGAGAACUUCAAUAAGGCUCUUCAUAUUGCCAAUGUUUCUGAGGAAGAUUCUGGAGAAUACUUCUGUUUAGCUUCCAACAAAGUGGGCAUUAGCCGCCACACGAUCUCGGUGAGAGUGAAGGCUGCUCCUUUCUGGUUGGAUGAACCAGAGAACCUAAUUUUGGCUCCUGGUGAAGAUGGGAGACUGGUUUGCCGAGCCAAUGGUAACCCCAAGCCUUUAAUCCAGUGGCUGGUGAAUGGAGAACCUAUUGAAAGUUCUGCUCCCAAUCCAAGUCGUGAAGUAACUGGAGACACUGUUAUGUUUCGAGACAUCCAAAGUGGCAGUAGUGCUGUGUAUCAGUGCAACGCUUCCAAUGAGCAUGGGUACCUGUUAGCCAAUGCCUUUGUCAGUGUGUUGGAUGUUACUCCUCGGAUCCUAGCCCCUCGCAACCAGCUGAUCAAAGUGAUUCUCAACAACCGUACUCUCCUUAACUGUCCAUUCUUCGGGUCUCCAAUUCCUACAUUACGAUGGUUUAAGAAUGGCCAGGGAAGUACAUUGCAUGGUGGCAACUAUAAAGCACAUGAGAAUGGGACUUUGGAAAUUAUCAGGGCUCGAAAGGAAGACCAAGGAACUUACACUUGUGUGGCCACCAAUCUUCUGGGCAAAGCGCAGAACCAGGUUCGCUUGGAAAUAAAAGAUCCAACUAGGAUAGUAGAUGGGCCGAAAGAUGCUGUACCAAAGAAAGGUUCCACAGUUCAAUUAGUGUGUCGGAUACGGCAUGAUCCCACUCUAAGACUUACAGUCUCCUGGCUCAAGGACGAUGUUCCUCUGUACUUAGGAAGCAGGAUAAAGAAAGAAGAAGAUGGCCUGACAAUAUAUGGAGUGUCAGAAAAAGAUCAAGGAUACUACACCUGUGUUGCCAGCACAGAGCUUGAUAAAGAUACUGCCAGAGCCCAUCUCACUAUUCUAGAUCCUUUCCUUAACCGUAUGACCCUACCCAAAGCACGUCCUGAACGUCCCCGUGACCUUGAACUAACAGACCUUGCUGAAAGAAGUGUGCGGUUAACGUGGAUUCCUGGUGAUGACAACAACAGCCCAAUCACAGAUUACAUUGUGGAAUUCGAGGAAGAUAGAUAUGAACCUGGAACUUGGCACAAUCAUUCCCGUUACCCUGGAAGUGUGAACUCUGCUGUCUUGCGACUUGCGCCUUACGUAAAUUACCAGUUCAGAGUAAUAGCCGUGAAUGAAGUAGGAAGCAGUUAUCCCAGUCUGCCCUCUGAACGAUACCAUACAAAUGGGGCACGUCCAGAGGUUAACCCAACUGGAGUUAAAGGGACAGGAACAGCAAAAAAUAACAUGGUUAUAUCAUGGACGCCAUUAAACGCAACCCAAGUUUAUGGCCCCAACCUCAGAUACAUUGUGAAAUGGAGGAGAAGGGACACACGGGAGAACUGGAGCAACAGAACAGUGAAGGGAGAUGUCAGCCAGUACACCGUCACACAGACACCCAUCUAUACUCCCUAUGAGAUCAGAGUGCAAGCUAUCAAUGACUACGGGAUGGCUUCAGAGCCUGACACCAUCAUUGGAUAUUCAGGGGAAGACUAUCCUAAGGCUGCUCCCACUGAUCUUAGACUCAAAGUUGUAAACAGCACAGCAGUCAGCCUGCAGUGGAGUAGAGUGUAUCCGGAAACCAUCCAGGGACAGCUUAAGGAAUACAGAGCUUAUUACUGGAGAGAAAGUAGUUUGCUGAAGAAUCUAUGGGUCUCUAAGAAAAAACAGUCUAUGGGUUUUAUUGGAGACCGGACUCGGGGCAUAGUGUCCCGGCUGUUUCCUUAUAGCAACUACAAGCUGGAGAUGGUUGUAGUCAACGGGAGAGGUGAUGGGCCUCGAAGUGAAACUUUGGAGUUCACAACACCUGAAGGAGUACCCAGUAUUCCAAGGUAUUUCAGAAUUCGCCAGCCAAACCUGGAAACAAUAACUUUGGAGUGGGAGCACCCUGAACAUCCCAAUGGCAUUCUUAUUGGAUACACCCUUAGAUACCAAGCCUUUAACGGAUCCAAAAGUGGCAGAACAUUGGUAGAGAACUUCUCUCCUAAUCAGACAAGGUUUUUACUCCAGAGGACAGACCCCAUAUCCCGCUACAGAUUCAACCUGCGUGGCAGGACACAGAUUGGGGAAGGUGAGCCAGCCACAGGGGAAUCACCACUUCCACUGAAUGAAGUUCUUCCAACCUCAGUUGUAAUCUCUCCAACAACCAUCGACCAAACUACAGUUGUUACAACUGUAGCCACUACCACUACAGAAGCUACCACAACAACCACCACCACUGAAGCAACCACCACCACUGAAGCUCCCACUACUACUGAAGUUGCAACCACUACAGAAGCAACAACCAUCACAGAAGCUACAACUACAGAAGCUGCAACCAUCACCACAGUGGUUGCUAGCACAAUAGCUGGUGUUGGAAAGCAUGACAUCUGGGACGUAAAAGCUUCACCUAACAGUAACUGGGCAAACAUCACCUGGAAACACACGUUUGAUCCUGAUACUGAGUUUGUGGUUGAGUAUAUCAACAGUAAGCAUUGGGAGCACAUGAAUGCUGCGGGGUCCUUAAUGCCACCAGAGAUCCUGUCAUCUCUCAGAGGUAACAAAACAGUGAAAUCUUACCCUGCUAAAACCUAUGUGGAGCUGGUUGACCUGACUCCUGGGGAGAAGUACAUGGUGCGGGUUUUUCUCAAAGGGAACGAUACAAUCAGCUCGAAUGUAACCUUUGAGACAAGUGCAGCAUAUACUAAGCCCCCAAGGGACAUUGCAACUCAGGGCUGGUUUAUUGGAUUGAUGUGCGCCAUCGCUCUCCUAGUGCUGAUUUUGCUGAUAGUUUGCUUCAUUAAGAGAAGCAGAGGAGGGAAAUAUCCAGUGAGAGAAAAUAAAGAUGUGCCCCUGGACCCUGAUGACCAGAAGGUAGAUAAUGGGUCAUUUGAUUACAGGUCUCUUGAAAGUGAUGAAGACAACAAGCCACUGCAGGGAAGUCAGACCUCAUUAGAUGGCACAAUAAAACAACAAGAAAGUGAUGACAGCUUGGUGGACUAUGGAGAAGGAGGUGAAGGGCAAUUCAAUGAGGAUGGCUCCUUUAUUGGCCAGUACACAGUCAAGAAGGACAAAGAGGAGACAGAAGGCAAUGAGAGCUCAGAAGCCACAUCACCAGUUAAUGCUAUCUACUCCCUGGCAUAACACAACACACUGAAACAACAGCAGCAACAACAACAAUAAGAAACCUAGUCUAUGUGGGUCAGCAAAGUCACCAUCAAGAAGAGAAAGAAAACCAGAGUAAGACAACAAAGACCAUCACAAACCCAAACAGGUGGUCACCAGUGCCAUCAUCUCUUUAACAAGCAAAGCAAAUGACAGAUGAACAGGCUGCUGAAGUGAUUGUGCUGCCGCUGAUAUCUGAGCUAAUCCACAAGAGACAUGUAGAGGAGCAGGAUGCACAGAUUCUACGCCCCAGGCUUCAGAACUUGGACUGAAAUAAACACCCCCUCUAUACCUCCUCCCAUGUCUAAUUUGUGAGAUAAUGCAACUCCUUUCAUUAAUAAUGUACACCGCUGGAUUUUUUGGUUAUUUUUUAAGGACUGAAAGCUGUCCUCAGAAAAAAAAAAGCCUAAACGUGGGGAAAAAUCAGGAGUGAGGGGGUAUGUGUGCAGACACAAGCAUAAUGAAACCUCCCACGCUAAAAGCAGCAUGAAACUACAUUGCGGAAUCAGCAACUGGUACAAAUGGCAAGCUGUUUUAUAAACAGGAACCUUUCUCAUCAUUUGUUCUUGUAGUUUUCACUAAACAGGGUGUGUGAUGCUCCUUCCUACAAGAUGAUAUGGUACUGUAUUAGGCUUCAGUACAGAAGCCAUACACCAGGCAGAGGAGGGUGGGCUAUUGAUGGGAAAUGUCUCAGAUUUCAGUUAGCGCUAUACUUCAUGUUAUUGGGCUUGCUGCAAGUGACAAUGUGAGGUUUCACUGUACCCAUGUUUAUUUAUUGUCUUUCUGCAAAGAAAGAGUUUAAUGCAAACAGUUGCAUUUUUUAUGCCACUCCAGUCAAAAAGAACAACAACAACAAAUAGCUUCUUCUUUUUUCCCCCUUUCUGGAGAAUUGUGGAGGGAUUCUUCACUAUUGCUAAAGGCAGCCUUUCCUCCCAAUGUACAACAUGGCAUUAACUACCAUCCCAUAAGAGAAAAGGGAGGAAGGCUAACUAGAGAAGAGCAUCCAGUCUAUAUUUUCCUAUUGCUAACUGAAAUGGGAUGGUGAACCUGCCAGUCACAUCUGUGAAAAAUUCAAGGAUUACCUAUCCCUGUUUGUUUGAUGCAAAAGUACAAAUGCACUCAGAAUCAGCCCAAACUGAUUCAACUUUUCAUUGUUCUGAUCAAUUGCAUAUCAGUCAGGGUUCCAUUUUAUCUGGUUUUCAAGAUAAAAAUCACUUUCCAGCACAUGCAAGGGCCUCUUAUCACCCAUUCCCCUUUAGUCAAUUAAAGGAGGCCUUUUCCAGUAUUAAAUAAGCAGCAGCAUGAAGCUCACACUAUCUUGUUAGUUACACAUCAGUGGCACUCAAAUCAAGCUAACUCGCUAACACGCAGUUACCCUUUUUUCCUCAGAUACAGAUUCUGUUGUGACACUGUUCUUCCAUAUAUGCCUUAAAUAGCUUCAUGCAUUCCCUGAAGCUUAAUAAACUAUGAAUAUUUACCCAUA